AUGUGCAGCUUGUCGGAAAGCCAAAGCAAGAUGCGACUCGGAACUCCCAAAUUGAAGAGUGCGACCUCAGCCCAACAACCUGCAUUUGCUCCGCCUGAUGAGCCAAGCUCUGAUGGUACAUUGCUUGUUGAUAUCCCGGAACCGGGCAGUCAAAACGAUAUCCCUUGGAAUGCCCAUGCGGACAACGGCAAUGACGCUCAGAUCAGCUUAGAUAUAGAUGCUCCCAGUCUUUGGCUUGCUCCUGUGCCCGACCUGACGCCUCAGAACGACCUCGCUCUCUGGGAACCGGAUGCUGGAUUUGUGGAAGACUUGGAAGUUUCUGACAUAGGUGCUAAUAUUUCGUCCAAUGGCUAUUCAAUCAAUGGAUCCCCGAUCAACUGGUUCAUCCCUGGCCCAACACCAAGCUUAACCCUCGACGCGACAUUCUCAACUCCCGCAGACUGUAUGUUCCAUACCCCCUACCUAGUCCUUCGACCUAUGGACCGUGAUCUGUCCCCUACCUCGCCCAGAAGUCCAUUCAUUCACGCACAUCUCUCAGCGGGCUCACAUAUCGGCCGCGCCUUCCUUUUGCAGAACUUCAAAUCGUACGCCACGGCCCUUGCAACGAAGAACCUGCCGCCCUUCAUCCACGGCACGUCGCUUCCAUCCCCAGACCCGAGCUCGGGUCAAACUCCGACUUGCGCAACCCCACCUCCCCUACCGACACUAGAGAUUUGCAAAUCGAUCGUCUCACUCUACACUACUAAGACACCUGCAACAAGCUCUUUCGUCUGGCGUACUAUAACCAUGGAAAAGGACCGCUUUAUGAACGAAUACGUGAACGGAGAUGAGUGGACUGUGCUGUCUAUGCUUCAGGCAGUCACGUUGUAUAUCCUUCUCAGGAUCUUUGACGAGGACUCAUUCUCCGCUGAAUUCGACCGCGAGCUCACUAGAGCGAUGACGGAAAUUGCCAUCCAAGCUGAACAGUGCAGAUUAGUCUGCAGUGCUGAGAUCGAAGGCCGCCGUCCGGAAUGGAAAGAGUGGGUGUUGGUGGAGUCGAAACGAAGGACCGUGACGGUACUCUUCAUACUGCACCUUCUGUUCGACAUCAAACCUGAACAACGGGCCAAAUCUAAAGUCGGGCUCUCCGUUCUACCGCUUCCUGCCCAUAAGCAUCUUUGGGAGGCGGCGACGGAAGUGAGCAUUAUCCCACAUCUCCCUAAACCAAGCCUUAUCCGCUCCUUCCUCCUCCUCCUCCUCUUCCUCACCCCCACCCGCAUUCUUCUUCCUCGCCAUCUUAGCGAGCAACUCGUCAAGCGUGCCAACCUUGACCACCUUCCCUUAUCCAUGCUGGGUCUGCAGGAUCUCCCCAACAAUAAGAUAAAGCCUCGUAUGUAG